AUGCUGUUGGGAUUUUGGGAAAAAACUUUUAUUCUUGCCGGAGCUGGUUUUUUAAUUAUUUUGACCAUCAUUGUGGUGUCUUGUUUCGUUGGACCCGGUUGUUUGGGAUUCGAAUACCUAAGAAAAAAAAAAAGGAAAAUAAUAAAAAAUCAAAUAUUAGGAAUCGUUCCUGAUGUGUCAAAUGAUGAUAAGACGUCAUCAUCUCACGUUUGCCUUCAAUCAAAUUGGAAUACGUGGAUUAAUGAUAAUCGUGAUUACGUCAUUUAUCAAACAGGAAAAAAAAUCACAAUUUAA